GACCCCGCCCUCCCGGUCCCCUCGGGUACAGAGCAGUUAACGCUCAUCAUCAGACCAACAACGAACUACAAGUGUUUGAGAGGAGAGAGGCGCGUUUGAACAAAUCGCACUUUACUACAUCUUAUCUGACUUGGACGAACACCCUGAGUGACCUGAGCAAAAAUGCCUCUGGCUAAGGACCUGAUGCACCCCAGCUUCGCAGAGGAGCGGAGAAGACACAAAAAGAAGAGGCUGGUUCAGAGUCCCAACUCUUACUUCAUGGAUGUUAAAUGCAUGGGCUGUUAUAGGAUCACCACCAUCUUCAGCCAUGCUCAGACAGUGGUACCCUGUACAGGCUGCUCUAUAAUCCUCUGCCAGCCUCGAGGGGGGAAAUGCAGACUAACUGCUGGCUGUGCCUUCAGACGGAAAUAUACUUGAUUGGAAACAUACCUGUACACCCACGUCAGGUAUAAUAUGGACCAUGGAUCAAUGAGUUUGAGCCUCGCACUCCGGGACUGAAAGAGUGGCUGUGUGCACCUCCAAAGCAUAUCCUUAGCAGAAAAAUCACCUUCAUCUGUAUCUUGAUAAUGCAGAGUGAAAUCAAAUCCCCCUGUGGGGUUGAAUGAGACAGAGCAGGAGAAAGGAGCUAUAGAUUAUAGACACUCCCAUGUGCUCAGAUUGAAUUGUAUGUGCAUUAGAAUAAUAAAAGAAAGCACUUGAUGUAGAGUAGUUUUGAGUAGAUUUGUAAUUGUCAAAAUGCACAAUAAAUCAGAGGAGUCAUGAUUUCUGUAAAACAUUUAUUAGAUUGACAUAGAGGGGGGGUGGUGAAUGAAAUAUUUCAAAACAGCUUCGAUCAAAUGUGAGGCCGCUUUUCAUGGCCCUGGCACGAGAUGAAACCAUGAUGACCAUCACAAACAAAAAUAAAGCAUUUGAAGAAUUUA